AUGGCUAAUUACAAAGCUGACGAAGAGUACGAUUACCUCUUCAAGCUUGUCUUGAUCGGCGACUCUGGUGUCGGAAAAUCGAAUCUGCUUUCCAGAUUCACAAAGAACGAGUUUAAUCUCGAAUCAAAGUCUACUAUUGGUGUUGAGUUCGCUACAAAGACACUCAAAGUCGAAGGAAAAGUCGUCAAAGCUCAGAUUUGGGAUACUGCUGGUCAAGAGAGAUACCGAGCGAUCACCAGCGCUUACUACAGAGGAGCGGUAGGAGCUUUACUUGUUUAUGAUGUGACAAGGCACGCGACAUUUGAGAAUGCGGCAAGAUGGCUAAGGGAACUAAGGGGACACACCGACCCAAACAUAGUGGUGAUGCUAAUAGGGAACAAGUGCGAUUUGCGGCACCUAGUGGCAGUCAAAACAGAAGACGCUAAAGCCUUUGCUGAGAGAGAGUCUCUCUAUUUCAUGGAGACAUCAGCUCUAAACGCAACCAAUGUUGAAAACGCAUUCACGGAAGUUCUCACUCAGAUUCACAAGAUAGUGAGCAAAAGAAGUGUGGAUGGAUCGAACAGAGAAGGAGGAGGAACUUCAUCUGAUUUACCAAAGAAAGGAGAGACCAUAAACGUAAAAGAAGACGGAUCGGUUCUUAAGAGAAUGGGUUGCUGCUCUAACUAG